AUGGGUCUUCUAACGGCGGAAGACAAGGAGAAGAUUAAGCGGGCAAUUCCCAAAGCAUCGAACAAGAUUAUAGAUGUUGCGGUUGCCAGGCUGUACAUCGCCUACCCGAACCCGAAGGAGUGGAGGUAUAGCGGGCUCUCCGGGGCCAUCGCAUUGGUGGAUGAUAUAGUCGGGAACACCUUUUUCCUAAAGUUGGUAGACAUCCACGGGCACCGGGGCGUGCUAUGGGACCAGGAGCUGUACGUGGGGUUCGAGUACAACCAAGACCGCACGUUCUUCCACAGCUUUGAGAUGGAAGACUGCUAUGCGGGGCUGCUGUUCGAGGACCUGGGCGAGGCGGCGCACUUCCUGAAGCGCGUGCAGAGGCGGGAGAAGUACGCCUCAAAGAAGACCCUGGCCAACAAGAACGCGAUCGCGCUCGCCAAGAAGCUGAAGGCGGAGAGUGACGGCCAAGCUGUCCACGGGCCCCGCGGCGAACCUGUCAUAGCAGACCAGAGAAGGAGAUACAGCUACAAUGCCGCUACAGACCUCGAAGACGUGCCAGCUACGAAAAAGAAGGCCCCGCCCCCUCCACCGCCAAUUAUUGCGCAGAGUACCGGUCCGGCCCCUGUCAGAAAGCUACCGCCUCCGUCUGCGGUGUCGCGGUCGUCUACAAGCGAGCAGGAGUCGAGUUCGGACUCGUCGGACUCAGACUCCCCGGAGCCCCCCUCUCGAACGGGACCGAAGUACAAGCUACCACCGCCGCCAAAGGAGUUUGUCUCUAUUAUUGGGCCACCGCCCGGAGCGCCGCUGGAACCUACGCCUGCGCCUCCUCAGGCUGCUUCCGCGCUCCCCGUUCCGUUACCUCCGCGGCGACACACGCCAGAGCCGUCACCUCCAGAUACAGGCUUCUCGCAGCAAAACAGUACGUCAUCCAGUAACGGCCAAACGCAUAGGCCUUUGCCAAUUCCUUCGCGGCCAAUGGUACAACCCCCCACCGGGCCUGCUAUGCAACUUCCCCCUGUCACAGGACAUGAAACUAGCGCGGUCUUAGCUAGCAAUGCUCCCCAACGACCAGCUCAGCCACUGCCGCAGGUAAACGCCGCGCCUAGUAGGAGUGGGUCCGUUCGCCAGCUACCACCACCUCCACAGCAGUUUAGUCCAACCCCUGGUACCUCUUCUCCAUAUGGUCAGCAACAACAGUACCCGCAGUACGAGCACUUUUCGGCUUCCCACGAGCAGCCAUCUCCUGUACAUCUGCGUGUCGAUACUGCGAGGCCGUUGCCAUCACAUCCAUCGCAGAUCCAGCAAAUGGCGUCCCCUCACUCACCGAUGCAGUACAUGUCACCCCCUCCGCCUCCAGCUCGGCAGAUGACUCCCUCUCCAACACAGCAGCACGGAGCACCACCACCACCACCACCACCCAGAAGAGGUCCUGCGCCACCACCACCUCGUAAGCGGGCCGGACCUGUAACCAGUCAUGCAACAGGCCCUUCCAAUAUGUCUUUGCCCAUGGCGCAUCAACCUUUAACUGCCUCGAAGACAGGAGGGAGACCAGGACCGCCAGUCCCUCCAAGAAGGAGUACUGGCCCACCACCACCACCUAGGACACACCGGCCCGCUGAAGUUGAGACUGCUGCUGCAGUAAGCUAUCACCCGCCUACAACAUUCACUACAUCAUCCCAGCAUAAUGUAAUGCCGGCACCAGGCCCAGCAUUACAACAACCUCAAGGUUACAUGCCUCCUCCUCCACCGCAGCCACCACAAGCCCAGCCCGCUCUGCCCCCACGGACGCAGAACCCAGUAUCACCAUCCCAGCCAUAUGCAUCUCCAGCCGCACAGGUUGCAGCCCCCCCACCCCCACCCCCACCUCCAAUGCCCAUGGCCACUUCAAUACCUCCUGCACCUCAGAUGGGGGCAGCUACUAUACCGCCUCCGGCUGCCGAAGCGACCGGUGACACGGGCAGGGAUGCUUUACUGGCAUCCAUUCGGAGUGCAGGCGGUGUCCAGGCACUGCGUAAGGUUGACAAGUCUCAAUUGGACAAGCCAUCGGUCCUCCUGCAAGAGGCCCAUGGAAAGGCACCUGCAUCUACCUCACAGGCUAUGACACCUGCGGCUACUGGAGGUAAUUCAUUGGCCGAUGCACUGGCGGCUGCCUUGGAUAAAAGGAAAAACCGGGUCGCUCAGCAUGACGACGAUGACAAUGCUGAUGAUUGGUGA